UAAUUUCCACAGCCAAACGGCGCACACAGACGCCUUACCGCAUAACCCUACGCGCCUGACGCACUGAGGCAGCAAUAUCACAAAUUCCUCUCCCACGCACCUGCCUCCUCCCGCUCAAGGUCAAACACACUCUUCAAUCAACCGAAUCCGAACCGAGUUGUUUGGUUAAUUGAUUGAAGAGUAACAGGAAAGAUGACGCUGUCGGAUGAAGAAGUCACCAGAUUGCACAGAAUCAGAAAGACGGUGAUGGAAAUGCUUCAGGACAGGGGUUAUUUUGUGACAGAUAAGGAGAUACAGAUGGAAAAAAGGGAAUUUAUACAAAAAUAUGGAGAAAAUAUGAAAAGAGAAGACCUUGUCAUUAACAAAUCCAAGCGCAAUGACAGCUCUGAUCAGAUAUAUGUUUUUUUCCCGGAGGAACCGAAAGUUGGUGUUAAAACAAUGAAGACUUACACAAAUCGUAUGAAGAAUGAGAAUGUUUUUCGAGCAAUCUUGGUUGUCCAGCAGAAUUUGACGCCAUUUGCAAGAACCUGCAUUGGUGAAAUAUCUACAAAGUUCCACUUGGAGGUUUUUCAGGAAGCAGAGUUGUUAGUCAACAUAAAAAAUCAUGUUCUUGUUCCUGAGCACCAGCUGCUAACCCCAGAAGAGAAGAAAACUCUGCUGGAAAGAUAUACUGUGAAAGAGACGCAGUUGCCUAGGAUUCAGAUAACGGAUCCAAUUGCCAGAUAUUACGGGCUAAAGCGUGGUCAAGUUGUGAAAAUUAUUCGACCAAGUGAGACAGCAGGGCGAUAUGUCACUUACCGAUUUGUAGUUUGAACUUCAUCCUCACCAAUAUGUUCUAUGACCUUUAUACCUCAAGUUGCAUUUAUGGCAAAUAUAUCAACGUGGAGCCCCAAUUAGCAUCAAAAAACUUGUUUGUCAUUUCAUGAUCUGUAACUUGAAAUCAUUCUUCGGACUACGUGGGAGAUUUUCUUGAAAAGCGUAAAAGGCUCUUGAUAGAUUAGCAUUUAUGAAGUUUUCUUUUGAUAAUAUUUUCCUAGUUUUCUAGUCUUCAAGGACUAUCCCAUACUA